UUCAACAUGGCUGCAUACUGGAUGAUUUUGUUGCCCUUUCGCUCAGCAACACAGGCGUUGAUCAUCUUUACUUUCUGCCUCACUGUCAUCCACAGCCUGGGCAAUGAUGUGGACAACUGUGAUAAACUCCGACUGGGACAGUAUUUGUGUAAAGAACCUAAAAUAGAUGAUGCGACUCAAGAGCCAGAGAACUGCAAGGACCGCUUGGCAUGGGUGGAAUGCUUACCUGCUCCAAACGUCAGCUGUCGACUGUCAAAUGGGACAAUGUCCAAAUUCAGCGGUGGAGAGGUCGGAUUUAACAAAAGCAUCCCCUGCCGGAAUGUGAGUGGUUACUCAUACAAAGUAGCUGUUGCUCUAUCACUCUUCCUGGGAUGGAUUGGGGCGGACCGGUUUUACCUGGGAUACCCAGCUCUAGGCCUGCUGAAAUUCUGCACUGUGGGAUUCUGUGGCAUUGGAAGCUUAGUUGACUUCAUGUUGAUUUCAAUGCAGAUCGUGGGACCGUCAGAUGGGUCGGAUUACAUUGUGGAUUACUACGGGGCGCGCCUCACCCGUCUCUCGAUAACAAACGAGACCUACAGAAGAACGCAGAUCUCUCCGUGAAGACUCCAGGUGGAUCCAUUCGAGAUGACCCAAAAAAUGUACAGAGACAAAUGUUCAUGUUAUGUAUUGGAUUCAUUUUUGCCGUGUCCAAACAUCAAGACACACGGACAUGCCAGAUUAUUCUCUGGGAAAGACAGAGUCCACGUCUGGAGUUUCUAAAUAUGGCUCAUGUAUGUGCUGAGCUAGCGUUGGAACUCUGCUUGGAAGCACAACCCCCCCCACCCCCUUCAAUUCACCAUCAUUUUCUCCAUAUGUCCAUCGAUCAUCAAUCUCUUCCUUUGAGUCAGGGCUUUGGAAUGCCAUCCAUCUUUUAUUACUUUUCAUUGCAAUCUACUGUAUUUCCCUAGCUAUAUGUUGCACAUUGUGUGAUGUUCUGAUGUUAAACACUGUAAAUAAAAUGUAAAUAUAUAUUUCGUAUCUGAUAUGGGGUGUUUUUCAAUGCUAAGAAUGCAAAGAAACCGAAAAUCGGUGUUGCCUAACUACAUCGAAAGAGCGAACUCAGAAGAAAAGGAUGAAGAACACGUGAGUUUUGAGAUUCAACAAUCAUGACAAUUUGACAAUUGGAUGACAGUUUAAGCUUCUCAUUUCUUAAACUGUGCAUCCUCGUUUCCAAGCUCCUCUGUCCUCAAGCCCAUGACCCAGAAACCAAUCAAAGUCCACCAUCAUGAAUGAUAUAUCAAUCAGGGUUCCUUUUAAACUGAUGAAGCAAAGGUAACUUUUUUAGAGGUAACAUUGAGAAACCUCAACUAGUGCUAUGUCAUGUGAAUAAGGAGCCGUUCACACUGAUUUUGCGUCUGCCCACAUUGUUUUUCAAUUAUUUUCCUACAUGCGCUAGAUGGAUGUUGUUGACUACUGCACAGCGUUAGCUGUCUUUAGCAUAUCUCACAGGGGCACUGCAUUUUUAGAGGCUCUGCUGCAUCUUGCGUAUUUAGCAAAGACGUUUGGACUGAAGCCUCUUAGAAACACUUUAGCCAGUAGUUACAUGAGUGUUACACAUACUCAAAAAGUGCUUCUCUCAAAGUCACAUGAAUUGAAAGUUUUGGUGUUGUUUUUGCAAAAAAUUUCUCAUGGAGUCAAGCCCCCGACCCCCCAAGUGAAUAAGGGAAGGCCUACACUUCUUUUCUUUGGCAAGUUUCUGUGCAUAUCCUUAAAUAAAAACCUGCAGGCACCUCUGGAUGUAAAUCACCUAAAAGGCGCAUUCUAUUAAAUAUAAUAAAUAAACACAGUCAUUAAUACCAACAACCUUGAAUAUAUUAUUUAAAUCAUAGAACAACCCUGGGUGAUGCUAAUAAAGAGUUGAACAUU